AUGGACGGCACUGUGGCGAGAUCUGGUGUCAACAAGACAUCCCGCGGAAGACAGGCCGCAUGUCUUAAUUGCAGAAAGAGCAAAGUCCGAUGCAACCGCACACCUGGAGAUACAAGUUGUGAAAGGUGCAAGCAAACCGCUAUGGAAUGUAUUGUCCCAUGCCACCAUGUUGGCAGGCAGAAAGGGGUCAAAAACAAACGCAAGGGCCUUGAGAAGGCUUUACAUCAGAUAGAACAAGCUAUCAAACGACCUAACCCUGAUGCACUCGAAUCUAACGCCGCGCAGAAAAUCAUAUCCAGUCUCCAAGAUUUACUGAACAAAACACAGGGUCAUCAGCUGCAAAGCGAGACCGAUGAUUUAUCGGACACCGACCAACCCCACAAUUCCCCUUCUCCCCGUGGAAUUGAUACGGGUGACAAUUUGACACUAGAUGAUGCAGAGAACCCAUUGCAACUACUGGCGCGCGCGUCUGACCUUCAGCUAUCACCGACAGAAGAGUGUGAUGCUCAUAAAUGGCGCCCUUUGACAUCAUCACAGCCUGCAGAAGUAUCGCAGAAUAGCUCCCAGGAUAAUGCCUCCGCGGCUAAAUCCUUCUUUGCCCCUGUCAAGGCAAAUUUGGACCUUGGCCCGGACAUGGACCCUGUUGACCUUGGUCUUGUCACCUUGAACGAAGCCGAGUCUCUCUUUGCUUUCUUCUACCGAGAUAUUGCGCAUACACGAUGGGGCCUUGACCCCCUCGUCCACACUGCAUCUUUCGUGCGUUCACAAUCAGCCUUUCUUUUCACAUCAAUAAUGGCUGCCGCCGCUCUCUUUUUACCAUCAGCAACUGCCAUAUCUAAGAGAUUGUCCAGGCACUGUAGAUGGCUGGCUCAGGUGGUUGUGACAAAACGUCUCAGAUCUGUGGAGAUAGUCCUAGCUUUCAUGGUAAAUGUUCCAUGGAUGGCCCCUGGUAAUUACCUAGGCGAUGAUGACACCUGCUUCUACCUUGCGAUGGCACUCGCAAUUGCACUGGACCUGUCUUUAAACAAAAUCGUGCUACCAUCUACUAGCUUUGAUAGCGGUGUUCUAGGACGGCUUGCCAAGGCUGACUGUAUUGAUGCAACGAGAGCAUUGCAUAUGGAUGGCUUUGAUGAUGUUGAUCCAAGCUCGGAAUGGGGUCAGAGGCUACUACGGCGACGGGAAAGGACCUGGAUUGCUUUGUUUGUUUUGGAACGAGGUGCAUGUUUAGCCCGUGGAAGAAGCUACACCGUUCCCCUAACUGCUCUUAUCGAAAGUUGUGACAGAUGGCAUGUCUCGAACUUUGCAGACUCUCGCGAUGGGCCAAUGAAUUCGAUGGCUGUUCUCCGAAGAAACCUAGAUGACCUUUUCAAGAAAGUUAAGUCCAAUUGCGAUAGCUACCAGAUCGCCGAUGCUGGCUCCGAAGCUGCUCAGACUAUCAAGACCAUGAUAGAAAGUUUUUAUGAUCGCUGGUAUGAGACAUGGGCGCCGGCGAUUGGGGAAGGUCAAUCAAGUUCCCUUCCACCGUACGUGGAAAUUUUGGUUACGCAUACACGAUUAUCAACGUACGGUGGUGUGAUCAAUCAUCCUACGGCACCACUUGAGGUAAAGCGUUUCUUUCGCGCAGCUGGCCUUUCCUCUGCUCUGAACGUGAUGAGGGCAGCAAUUCAAGGCGAAUCACGGUUGAAAUCGAUGCCGAACAACACGGUCAUUAUGAUUUCCUUCGCCGCAUGCUCUGCCCUUAGCCUCAGCGUGGUACCGACGGAUACUCGAUCAAGCCUGGCCCCAAGUGUAAGGCAUCUGAUCGAGGAAACCGCAGGUGUAUUGGAACGUAUUGGAGCGACCCCGAAUCAUAGGAGCGGUGCGUCUGUUCUGUACGGACGGUAUCUACGAGAGCUAGUUCGACGAGGCUCAGGUAGCCUUAAUUUCCAAUAUCCGAAUGAACCAGGGGUGACAGUCGCUGCAGAGAUGACCGGAGCAUUGCCGCCAACCUUGGGUGGGUACAGUGCCAUGCCGCCAGCGUCGCAGCCGCCGUUUUCUCCUUUCUUUUGGUCUGAGCCUCUGCAGUUCUCCGCUAUGUCCGAUGGGCAGGUCAUCGAUGCUGUGAACCGAGCAGGGAUCGCCUUCGGGACGGGGGUUCCGGAUGUCCCAUUGGAUGAUUUGAUGAGCUGGGACUGGCUGGACAUUGGAAAUGUGACCGACUUUGGUCUUUGA